AGGCAGUGGACAUGAAAGCAACGUGAAACCUCGCAUUCAUCCCAUCUGUCUUUCAUCUUUAUUUGACCUAGCCGGAGCAGAUUUUUCUCUUUUUCACUCCUCCCUCCACCGUAAUAUCGCUCUCUACUACUCAAUUUUGCAGCAUUGCUUCCAACUGCGUCGAGCUCCGACAUCCUGCGAUAUCUGGGCAGCGCCACCCCGUUCACCAUGUCUCUGGAACAAGAGCUGCUGGCCAUAAUUGACAAGGAGCUAGCACAGAGACCACGAGCACGAGGAUUCAAAGACUUUCACAGCAAUGGCCUCCCGAUUUUAGACGAUCCUGCGGCCAUUAAGAGAUACCGUGCUGAAGCUGAAGCACCCGAACUCGUCGAGAACGACGUUCCCAGCAGCUUCUAUACCCAUGUGCCACCGGGCUCGGUUGCGCUGUUCUCCCGGAACGAUGGUCGACGACCCUUUCGAUUCAUGCAACAUUUCCUUCCCGAGCGUCAUGUCUUCCACUGGAACGUUUCGCAGGUCCACUCGGUGUGCAAGUCGUUGGCCCGCAAGCAGUGGCGCGCUGUGAUGCAAGUGAAGAACAGGGGACCUGAUAUCAACACACAACUCUACGAUUAUUUCGACAGCUACGACUUGUACCACUGUGGAGCUGUGAACCUGGCCAAUGUUCUCGCUGGCAUAUCCAACAUGGAUCUGAGCAAUUUGCAGCGUGUUGAGGAUUCCUUGAAAAUAGCCGUCCACAGCUGGGUUUGCUCAUGGGCGUCUCAGCCGGGAAAUGCUUACAAGUUGUUGCACUUCCCAGCACCUGCCGUUCCCAUCACUGCCUGCCUGCCGCAGCAUGACUCUGGCUUUGACCUACAUCGUCUUCUGACCGAUGAAGUGCAUGGACGUCUCAAAGAGGCUCUCACAGAACAAAAGAGGCUUUUGGUGGAAUGGCACAUGGGAUUGCAUGGUCCACAGCGAGACGAACCCGAUGUCGACCCGAACAUGGUCUGGAUACGUGACGGAUGA